UGUGGAUGAUGACAAUAGAGUAAGGUUGAAUUUUGCCAUAAUUCAGCUGGAAGUUUCCCCUCAUUGUUCAAAUGAUUAUAUUACAAUAUAUGAUGGGCCUUCAACAAAUUCUCCUGCACUUGCCACAAUAUGUACUGGAUCAGACAAGAUGUUUACAUCAUCAUCCAACACCAUGACUGUUUAUUUUCAAUCUGAUUCCAGUAAUACUGGUCCUGGCUUUACUGUAGAUUAUUACGAGGUGUCUUCAAUACAAUAUGCACGAUGCGGAGGGAGAUUUGAUGAUGAUAGCAGAUCUUUUGCCAGCCCCAAUUAUCCACGGCCCUAUCCAAAUGAUGCGAAAUGUACCUGGUUUAUAACUGUGGAUGAUAACAAAAGAGUAAGAUUGUAUUUCAUUAUGAUUCAGCUGGAAGUUUCACCAUAUUGCUCAAAUGAUUACAUUGCAGUUUAUGAUGGGCCGACAACAAAUUCGCCAACACUUGCCACAAUUUGUACCGGAUCAAAACUUAAAUUUACAUCAUCAUUCAACACCAUGACUGUCUAUUUCCAAUCUGAUUCCCGUAAUACGGAGCUUGGCUUUAUUGCUGAUUACUACGAGGUACUUCCACAUCAAAAUGUUCAGUGUGGAAGCCAUCUUGAUGAUGAUAAUAGAAUUUUCACCAGCCCCAAUUAUCCGCGAGACUAUCCAAAUAAUGCAAGAUGUACUUGGUAUAUAAUUGUGGAUGAUGAUGAAAGAGUAAAGGUGAACUUUGCUAAUAUUCAGUUGGAAGUUUCACCACAUUGUUCAAAUGAUUAUAUUAAAAUAUUUGAUGGGCCUUCAACAAAUUCUCCUGUGAUUGCUACAAUAUGUACUGGGUCAAACCAUGAAUUUACAUCAUCAUCCAAUUCAAUGACUGUUUAUUUUCAAUCUGAUUUCCGUAAUACUGCUCCUGGUUUCACAGCAAAUUACUACGAGACAUCUGCAAACCAAAAUACACAAUGCGGAGGAAAUCUUGAUGAUGACAACGGAUCUUUUACCAGCCCUAAUUAUCCACUCCACUAUCCAAAUAAUGCAAAAUGUAUUUGGUAUAUAUCUGUGGAUAAUGAUGAAAGAAUAAGGUUGAAUUUUGUUAAGAUUCAGCUGGAAGUUUCCCCACGUUGCUCAAAUGAUUAUGUAACAAUAUAUGAUGGGCCUUCAAUACAUUCUCCUGCACUCUCCACAAUAUGUAUUGGAUCAAACCUCAAAUUUAUGUCCUCGUCCAACAAAAUGACUGUUUAUUUUCAAUCCGAUUCCCAUAAUACUGGUUCUGGCUUUACCGCACAUUACCACGAGAUAUCUAUGGUUGCAGGUGCACAAUGUGGAGGAAACCUUGGCCAUGGUAAUGGAUCUUUUGCCAGCCCCAAUUAUCCACGAAACUAUCCAAACAAUGCAAAAUGUACCUGGUAUAUAUUCAUGGAUUCCAAUGAAAGAAUAAGGUUGGGUUUUGGUGAGAUUCAGCUGGAAACCUCACCCCAUUGUUCAAAUGAUUAUGUUGCAAUAUAUGACGGACCUUCAACAAAUUCUCCUGUACUUGCCACAAUAUGUACUGGUUCAAGCCAUGUAUUUAUAUCCUCAUCCAACACCAUGACUAUCUAUUUCGAAUCUGAUUCCCGUGAUACGGGUCCUGGCUUUACUGCACAUUACUACAAAAUACCUCAAAUUGAAAAUACACAAUGCGGAGGCAAACUUAGUGGUGACAAUGGAUGUUUUACUACCCCCAAUUAUCCACGCAAUUAUCCAAAUUCUGCGACAUGUAUCUGGUAUAUAACUAUGGACGAUGAUGAAAGAGUAAAGUUGAAUUUUAUUGAUAUUCAGCUGGAAGUUUCCUCACGUUGCUCAAAUGAUAAUGUUACAAUAUACGAUGGGCCCACAACAAGUUCACCUGCACUUGCCACAAUUUGUACUGGACUGAACCAUGAAUACACAUCAUCAUCCAACACUCUAACUGUUUAUUUUCAAUCUGAUUCCCAUAAUUCUGAUCAUGGCUUUGCAGCAUAUUACAAUAUGGUGUUUCCAAAUCCAAGUAUGCAAUGUGGAAUGAAACUUGAUAAUAAUAGUGGAUGUUUUGCCAGCCCCAAUUAUCCAAAGUACUAUCCAAAUAACGCAAAAUGUAUCUGGAAUAUAUUUGUGGAUAAUGGCAAAAGAAUAAUGUUGAAAUUCAUUGAUAUUCGUAUUACCUACCAGUGGAAACAACUGUGCCACACAGAAAGCCCAACUGACAAUCCUAAAUUGGCUAUCAGUGUAAUUAUUUACAUGUUCAGGAUUAUGCACCAGUUGCAGAAGCACAUCAGACGUUGUAAGGCUUGCAAGCAUGGGUUUGGGUAUGGUAAAGAUAAAAAGUAA